AUGUAAAUUCCAAGCAAGAAAGCACAAUUUGAUCUGAAAAUUGAUUCUGACAGCAUCACUCAGCAGUAGACAAAUAAUUAAUCAAUUCUUGAGGACUUAAGUUACCAAAACUGUGUUAAUGUUGAAUUCUUUCUGAGAUCUACUCAUGAAGUAUUAGAUGAAACAACUCUAGCAUCAUUGAGCAAUGAAAUUUAUGAUUAGAUUACAUUAAAUCCAAAAAUUUAAAUUUGUAAGUUGGCAACAUAAUUUAGGGAACAUGGUCUUCAAUCAAUCACAUAAGAUUCACUAAACUCUUUCCAACAAAACUCCUUUGAUAAGUUUAAUGAGUAAAAUUUUUUAUCUUCAACAUCUGAUGAUCAUGAUGAGCCAGUCCACAUCACUGAAUAUGGAGAGUUUAAAUAAACCAACAUUCUAGGAUUAUUAAGUUAAAACUUGAUUGAUAAAUCAGUUCCUUUGCUAAUUCAUGACUUUAACUACGUCAACCGAUAUAAUUGCUAAUUUCCAGAAGUUAAGAGUACUUGUCACUGCAUAAAUUAAUCAGUUUAAUAUACUAAUAAGUAAAAUAAUGAAGCACCAGAGCGAGUUUGCAAUUUGCCAAUUUGUUCAAGUUAAAUCAGUUCAAAAUUAGAAUUAGAUCAGUAAUUAAUUUCCGAUUAAAAUUAUCAAAAGUAGCUUAAUGUGAGUUAAAUUGCAACUAAUUUUAGCAUUAAUUCUGAUGUAGAUAAGAAACCCUAGAGAAUUAAAGUAGAUGCCAUUUGGAAGCCAAUCUUGAGAAAAUUUAGAAAACAUUUUCAGUCUCUCGUUAAAAAGUCUAACCUUGGUGUUGGGUAUCACUAUUGGAGUAAAGAUCGUGUACUCUUGAAAAUUGUUGAAAUGAUGAAAAUAAUAAAUCUUGAUAAGAGUUAUAUCAGAGAUGAGAAAUCUAUAGUCUCUUUUAUCAUCCUUAUCUUCUCAACAAAAAGUAAUGAAUUGAAUAAACUGCACUAAAAAUACUUGGAUAAAUGGCUAGAUUAAUUAGCAGAUUCCUUUAGAAAUAUAUUCUCAGCUAACAAUAGGCAAAAAAUCGCAAAUUUCUUUUCAGAGUCCCUCAUCAAUGAACUCUGGAAAAUAUAUCUCAAAUAGUCCAAUAACCAUUAGCUUCAUAUGAAUGAUUUGCAAUUGUCACAACCCGAACGUUAUACUAUUUUCGUUGAAGAGUUAAAUUACCUGAUGAAAAAUACAACCUUGGAUCUCAAAUUUUUGAUAAAUUCCCAUUGA